AUGAGCAAACGCACAGCAGACCAAUCCGAGGAGGACGAGAUCCGCGCCCUCAAGUCGGGCCAAAGACCGCAGGACGGCCAGCCCGAGGAGCUCGAGUUUGAGGACGAGUUCGAGGAUGAAUUCGAGAGCGAAGACGAGAUUCUCGAGGCUGGUGUUGAUGGCAGACCCGACGAGGAGCGCGAGGCCGAGGAGCGUGAUGCCAUGGACGUAGAUCAAGACACUUUUAUUCCCGGACGACACAAACUCGAAGCUGGACAGACGCUGGCCCCGGAUACUUCAACAUACGAGAUGCUGCACAACCUGGAAGCCCCAUGGCCGUGUCUCUCUUUCGACCUCGUCAAGGACCAGUUGGGCGACAACCGCAAAUCCUAUCCUCAAACCGUCUACGCCGUCGCAGGUACCCAGGCCGCACAAGGAAGCGAGAAGGAGAACCGCAUCAUGGUCAUGAAGAUGAGCAGUCUAGGCCGCAUGGACCGUGGUGAACAGUCCGAGUCGGAAGAUGAGGAAGAUGACGAGGAGGAACAAUCGCUCGAGCCCAUUCUGGAGACCAAGGACAUUCCCUUGAACACAUGCACAAACCGCAUUCGCGUGCACCAAACCCCGCAAGCCUCAUCAUCAACUCCUUCCACCACUCUCAGCGCCGUCAUGACCGAGUCCGGCGAUGUCUUCAUCCACGACGUUACUCCCCACCUCGCCUCGUUCGACAACCCCGGCAUGACCAUCACCCCCCAACAAAAUAAGCCCGUCAGCACCAUUCGCGCACACAAGAAGACUGAGGGUUACGCCAUUGACUGGUCACCACUUUUCCCCGCUGGCAAGCUCUUGACUGGUGAUGUCGAUGGCCGCAUCUUCGCUACUACUCGCACCGAGGGUGGUGGUUUCGUCACCGACACAACUCCCUUCACUGGCCACAGCAGCUCCGUCGAGGAAUUGCAAUGGUCUCCCUCGGAGCGCAACGUCUUUGCCUCUGGCUCUGCAGAUGGCACCGUCAAGAUCUGGGACGCCCGUUCCAAGUCACGCAAGCCCGCUCUCAGCGUUCAGGUCGCAAACACCGAUGUCAACGUCCUCUCUUGGUCGCGCAACACCACCCACUUGCUCGCCUCAGGCCACGAAGACGGCGAGUGGGCAGUCUGGGACUUGCGCCAAUGGAAGCCCUCGGUCACCACCUCUCCCAAGCCCAACUCCGUCGCCUCAUUCAAAUUCCACAAGGAGCAAAUCACCAGCGUCGAAUGGCACCCCACCGACGACUCUAUCGUUUCCGUCUGCUCUGGCGACAACACCCUUACUCUUUGGGAUUUGGCCGUCGAGCUCGAUGAUGAGGAGUCUCGCGACACUGCUGGUGUCCAGGAUGUGCCACCCCAAUUGCUGUUCGUCCACUACAUGGAGCAGAUCAAGGAGUCCCACUGGCACCCCCAAAUCCCCGGUGCUCUUAUGGCUACCGGUGGCAAUGGCUUCAACGUGUUCAAGACCAUCAGUGUUUAG